GCGGAGCGGUCCAAGUGGCCUCGGGAGAGGGAGCCGCGGGCACUUGCAGAUAACUUGUGCUCCGCCCCAGGGGUUUCCCUUGGGGAAGUCGGGCUAUACCACUGAGGAUACAGGGGCCCCGGCAGUGAGGCCUCUGGGAGGAAGGAAUCUUGGGAAAGAACCAGAGAAGAGUGGGAUAAACCAUUACAGAGAGGGGAGGAGGGAACCCUUGUAGGCAGCUCCCGCCCAGCAGCCCGGCGGUCGGUCCCGGGCCGGCGGCCCCCGCCAGCCACAGCCGCCGCCGGCCCCGCCCCCGGGCACCAUGCUGCCCUCGCAGGAGGCCUCCAAGCUCUACCACGAGCACUACAUGCGGAACUCGCGGGCCAUCGGCGUGCUAUGGGCCAUCUUCACCAUCUGCUUCGCCAUCAUCAACGUCGUGGUCUUCAUCCAGCCCUACUGGGUGGGCGACAGCGUGAGCACCCCCAAGCCUGGCUACUUCGGCCUCUUCCACUACUGUGUGGGCAGCGGGCUGGCGGGCCGCGAGCUCACGUGCCGCGGCUCGUUCACCGACUUCAGCACCAUCCCGUCCGGCGCCUUCAAGGCGGCCGCUUUCUUCGUGCUGCUCUCCAUGGUGCUGAUCCUCGGCUGCAUCACCUGCUUUGCGCUUUUCUUCUUCUGCAACACGGCCACCGUCUACAAAAUCUGCGCCUGGAUGCAGCUCUUGGCAGCUCUGUGCCUCGUGCUGGGCUGCAUGAUCUUCCCCGACGGCUGGGACGCAGAGACUAUCCGGGACAUGUGCGGGGCCAAGACCGGGAAGUACUCCCUGGGGGACUGUUCCGUGCGCUGGGCGUACAUCCUGGCCAUCAUCGGCAUCCUCAACGCCCUCAUCCUCUCCUUCCUCGCCUUCGUGCUGGGGAACCGGCAAACAGACCUGCUGCAGGAGGAGCUCAAACAGGAGAACAAAGAUUUUGUGGGCACCACGGUAAGCUCUGUGUUGCGGCCGGGGAGCGAAGUCUCCGGAUGGGGAGUCCUCCCGUGUCCUGUCCCUCACUCGCAGGGACCCUGAAGGCCAGGAUCACAAGCCCAGGAAUGGACCUCCCUCAGCCUGUCUGUUUCCUGCCCUCUCAUCCCUCUGUCAAGCUCGGAGGGAAGACUUUGCACGUGCUACCCGCCUGGGGGCUUCAGGCUUUGAAGAGGUUGGAGCCGGGAUGCAGCCUUUGGGGGGUGGCCUGCGGACGCAGGGAGGGUCUGACUCUACUCUUCCCUCAACUGACCUAAGGGAGCUGGACCCCCAGGCCCUUGGGCAGCUUCUCUCCUCUCCAGCCUGGCAGGAGGCACUGUGGUUCUGGUGUCCCAGGCUCCCUCUGUUUGGAGGGCAGCUGCCUGGCUGAAUCCUCACCUCUGGUCCCUGCCUUCUGCAGAAACUCAUUCAAGACACUGCCCAGGGUGGUCUGGACUCUUUCCUACUUUUGUUUUUUUGGGUGCCAGUGGUGGUUCUAUCACCUUGUCACGUAGCGCCAGGCACCACCAGCCUCCCCGGAGCCUCUCUACCCUGACUCCAGCCUGCUCCCAACUCUCCCAAAGGAGUCUGAGCUGCCCCAAGGGAGAAAGCACGGGGCCUCCCAGCCAACUGCUGACUGGAGCCUUGUUCAGCUCAGAGUCUUAGAAACGACACACAGGCUCUGGCAGCAGCAGGAGGAGGUACUCUGACUCCUGUCUUGGUGGUGCCUGACAUGAUAGCUGGGGUUGGAAGCUGCUCAGCCUGGGGCUAGCCUGGCCUCCAACCUGUUGGGAGGUCUCACCAGUGACUGGAUCCUUGACCCUGGCCUGUUUUGUACAGCACAGACGUCUUGGCCCUGUUGUCAGGGCUGGGGGUUGGGGGUGAGUGGGGAGUUUGAGGAUGUAUCACCCCUCUACCCUUCUCACACUCCCUGACCCUGGGCAUCUGCCAAGGGCAGAGACUGUCUUGCCUCUUUGAUACUUUUCUGCAUAACUUGAACUUGCAGGUCACCUCUGAACAGGGUACCCCCUGUCCCCAUCCCCAGGCCUUGUAACCCUGUCCCCACCUCUUCUUCCUCUUGCCGGCCUCUCACCUUGCGAUAUGCCCAGGUCUGCAGUCCAAUGGGCAGUGCUUGGAGCUGAGGCACGUGUGUGUGUGUGUGUGUGUGUGUGUGUGUGUGUGUGUGUGUGUGAGCGUGCAUGUGUGUGGGUGUAAUUAUUUGUGUGUGGGGCAGAUGAGGUGUCACCUCCCUCCUCCUCCUACUUUGGGGCAUCUCUGUCCCCCUUGGCAGGGAGCAAAUGAGGGAGACUCCAGGUAUUUCUGAAUUCCCCUCACUGCCUCAUGGACCUGACGGGAGCCAUCUGGCCUGGGGUGUGGAUGGCCCCUUUCAGCCCCAGGUUCAGGAAGCAGGUGGGCUUCAUCUAGUGUGCCUCCUUCUGUCUUGGGUACUGGCUGCCUGGCCCACUGUGGAGCGUGAGGUCCUUGAGCCUCAGCGGGGCAGUGUGUCUCACCAUUUCAUUAUGUCAGCCUCAGCCAAAGGUGGAAGAAAAGCAGCAAGUGCCAUGUAUUUGCCAACCUGUGUUAAUUUCCACAGGACUUGGGCCUGAAAGUUAGGGUCUCCAAGACAGACCUAGAAAUCCUCUGCCUGAGUCCACCAUCUGGACCCUAACUGGAAUCAGAUGCUGGGUCCCGAUAGGAUUCCCGAAACCUGGAACUUACCAAAUCCUGACACCAACCCCUCCUCCCCCAACCCACCCUCUCAACCCUUCUCUUUGGCAAACCCUCCCCCCCAGUGCGCUGGCCCCACACCAUGCCUCAUCGUACCUGCUCCCACCAAGCCCCACACUGCAGCUCCAUGGUGUGGGGUGUAUACCAGGGUCCUGUGCUGAGUGGGAGGGACAGAGGAACGGGGCAAAAGUGAGUUCCUCAAAGAUUCGAACCAAACCCCAUGUUGGAAGGCUGCAGGAGUGGGGCUGGGAGCUAGUGAUGAAGAAUGGGGGGAGGACUGAGGGAGAGGGAGCGAGGGAGGGGCAGACAGGAAGGCAUGGGAGGAGCAGAAACAGAGGAGAGGUGAAGAGUGAAGUGGGGGCCGCAGGGGUGAGCCCUGGGUGGGGAGGGCCAGUGCUGGACAGGAGAGGGAAAGGGGCAGAGAAGGAGCAGCUGGAGAGCAGGACGUGAGAGGCCAAACUGGGAUGAGGGGACAAAGGAGGGGAAGGAGAGGCAGAUAAGGGAGAUGGGACCUGAGGAAUGGGGAGCAGCUGCUGUGCAUAGUGCGAGGGACAGCUCAUUCCCCAAAGAUGUCUUCUGCCCAAGGGGGGCACCAGACCCUGGUGCCUGGGUGGAGGUUACAACCCACCGCCAGAGGCCCAGGCAGCCAGCGCCCCAUCCCUUUGGGAGCAGGGUUGCCACAUCAGGGCAUUAGCAGUGGAAAGGGAGAUCCAUUCGGAGUGGCCUGACAGUGUGUCCUUGUCACCAUGCACCCAGCCAGCCGCUGUCCCCAUUGAGGGGACAGCUGGGAUACACCCAGGAGCUUGGGAUUAGGAACGUGGGGUUGGGUGGGCUGAAGGACCACCAGUGUAACACAGGGAAGGAAGGAGAUGGCAGUGGGGACCAAUCCGUAGCCCUGUCCGUGAGGCUUCAGCAGAGGUGGGACAGACGCUUCAGUCGGAGCCCCAGAUGGCUCUUCUGGGGCAAGGGAACCCAGGCAAGUGGCUUGACUUUACUUUUAGGAGGAGACUGGAGCAGAGAACAUGGUCUCUCCUCACCCUGGCUGCCUCUUGGACUUUUGGCCCCAGACAGGAACUGAGCUUUCAGUGGCCCACCAAGGCAUGCUUCAGUUUUCUCUGUCCUGGUCUGGGACUCUUUCAGGAUAGGCCAAAGCAGCCACAGCCUAGAGGUGGCUCAGGCUGCUGGGUGGUCAGGUCCUUCUGGGUCUCUAGGUUGUGAACACUUUCCUCUUUGGGGCUCAGUACCCUGGAAGAAAACCCUUUUCCUGAGGGGGUGAAUACCAUGGGUAGAAUCAGGGUCCUUUUCAGGCCCAGAAUAGUCAAGUUGAGAGCUUCUGGGCAAGGCUGUGGGGAAAAUUCCUUGGCCUUCUUUUGAGAUUCCUGCUAGAGCACAGAGGAGUCAGCCUUCUCCAGCUUCCAGUGUGAACUGAUGAAAGGGAACCUCUCUUUGGAGAGGCUGGGAUCUUCCUGGCACAAGAAACUCCUUCAGGGCCCUGCCUGGCUCAGGGCUAGCCUCUGGGGUAGGACUGGAGUUUCCUGAGAAGAGAACAAGGAAGCCACAGGCCUUCUCAGAGCUCUGACCAGCAGACCUCAGCGGGCCUGUGCUGUGUCAUUAGGAUAAGUUGGUGUUGUCUACACCCCUUUAGUAAGUUCUGUCUGAAUGUGUCCUUGCUGUUCAUCGUCCAGUUUGGUAACAUUUAUUUUGGUCCUGACCCUUCUGCUGCUGCUGGAUUUGAGCUUCAGUGCAGGUGGAAUGAUGUUCAAAUAAAGAAACACUUUAUAUCACCCAUGCUGGCUUCUCCGUCU